CGCCGGCGCGGCGCUCGAUUGCGCAGGCUGCCGGUCGGCUGUGGCGGCGGGGCGGCGGGGUGGCGGCGCGGGCGGCGGGCGCUGCUGCCAUGCUGCGCUGGCUGAUCGGCGGCGGCCGCGAGCCGCAGGGCUCGGCCGAGAAAUCCUCUGUACAGACAAUUGGUGAAGAACAAAUACAGAAUCCUUACACGGAACUCCUUGUAUUGAAAGGCCAUCAAGAUAUAGUGCGAUUUCUAGUGCAAAUAGAUGACUGCAGGAUUGCAUCUGCAGGAGAUGAUGGAAUCGUAUUUCUGUGGAAUGCUCAGACUGGAGAAAAACUUUAUGAACUUCAUGGGCACACACACAAAAUUACAGCUAUAGCAGCAUUUUCUUCAUCAGAUGUUACUGAAGAAAAAACAGAUUUGAUUAUAACAGCAUCAGCUGACAGAACAGUUAUUGUUUGGGACUGCGCUAGUGGCAGACAGGUUCAAAAAGUGUCAUGUUUCCAUUCUACUGUAAAGUGUUUGACAGUUCUUCAAAGACUGAAUGUAUGGUUGUCUGGAGGGAGUGAUCUAUGUGUUUGGAACCAAAAAUUAGAUCUCUUGUGUAAGACCAGUCAUCUUACUGAUGCAGGCAUCAGUGCUUUGGUUGAAUUGCCCAAAAAUUGUGUUGCAGCAGCAGUUGGCAAAGAGCUAAUAAUUUUUAGGUUGAGUCCUUCUAACAAUGGGUCUGAAGUUUGGAAUAUCCUUGAAGUAAAGCGCCUUGUUGACCAUCAGGAUAACAUUUCAUCAUUAGUCAGUGUUAAUGAUUUGACUUUUGUGACAGGUUCUUACAUAGGUGAGUUAAUAGUUUGGGAUGCACUUGACUGGACAAAGCAGGCAUCUGAGUGCAACUUCUGGGACUCCUCUGUCCAUCCAGAUGUACAAACAGAAAUAAAGUUAUCCCAAAGCCCACAUGAAUCUUCAGUUCAACACUUAACAUCUGACGAGGAGUGUGUUUUUGCUGCUGUUGGGAAAGGCAUAUACGUAUAUAAUCUCCAAAUGAAGCGUGUGAUUGCCUGCCAGAGAACUGCUCAUGACUCCUCUGUGCUGCACAUUGAGAAGCUUCCAAACAGGCAGCUGAUCUCCUGUUCAGAAGAUGGCAGUGUGCGCAUUUGGGAACUCAGAGAAAAGCAGCAGCUGCCAGCUGAACCAGUUCCAACAGGGUUUUUCAACAUGUGGGGAUUUGGAAGGGCAAACAAGCAGGCAAACCAAGCUGCUAAGAAGAUGCAGGAGAAUACACCUGUGUAUUUCUUGGAGCUGGUUGGUGAUUUGAUUGGUCAUUCAUCAGCUGUGCAGAUGUUCCUGUAUUUUGGUGAACUGGGAUUGGCUACAUGCUCUGCUGACCACCUCAUUAUUUUGUGGAAGGAUGGUGAACGAGAAUCUAGCCUCCGCAGUUUAACACUAUUUCAAAAAUUGGCACAAAAUGGUGAUUUGCAGCUCAAACUUUAAAUUGUUUGGAUACAGGCUGUAUAUAUGUAAAAUGGAUGUGUUGUAAACAUGAGUGUAAAGAAUCUGGGAAUCUGACUACUAGUAGGGCUUACACUUAAUGUCAUGUGUUGUACUGGAAAUUCUUUUAAUUGCUACUCUUCUCAAAAGGAGGAUUUUGAAUUUUGUUAUGCUCCGUCAGCAGAAAUGGUGUUCUCUUGAAAGACUGAAGGUAAUGAUGACUCAUUAAAUAGUUUCUAAUAUUAUUCCAAAUGUUUAAAAUUAUCAUGGGUGAAUGUCAAAAUUAAGAAUUGUGAAAUACGUUAGAUAUAUCAUAAUUAAAGCAGUUGAGGGCAUCCACGGUACUAUGUGCAGGAAGAAGGCAUGGGAAGAAAUCUGCAGCUUUCUGCUCUAUCUAAUUUAUUUCUAGAAGCUGAACUUUGCUCAUUGAUGCCUCAGAUUUGUAUGUAUACAGAAAGCCCUGAAAGAAAGCAUUCUCAAAUAGAAAUUUUGCAUUUGAAGUUAAUAUCCUGGACAAAUGGUAAGAAAAAGGAAAAAAGUAGGUAAUGCCAGUUUGUCAGGUUCUGAUUUUUGUCAAACUGAGGUACAUAGAAACUGUUUACUAGUAGUAGCUGCAAUUUUACUUGGAUUAGCCUACAUUACUGGAGUUUAUACAGCAUUACUAUUACACCAUUACCAAGUUUAGCAUGCAAUGUGAUUAGUUUAGCUUGGUCUUUCCAUAGUGCAUUCAUCAAAUUAAUUUGUAUCUAAUAAAAAGCAUUUGCCUUACCAUGAA